GGUUUUGUUUUAUUCAAUCUGUGCUGAUCAAUAUAUUGAUCUAUUGUCUGUAAAACCCACUUGGGUUUUUAUGGGUUUUUCCUUUUUUGGAUGUUUACUAGUUCAAAUUAUAUUCUUCUUUUGUCCUCUGGUUCGAUUUUACGUGAACCCUUUGAGAGGUUUUCUGAGAAAAAAAGUAGUAUACAAAGGAAAGAAAAUUAUAGAAAAUCUGGGGUGGCAAUUGAUGAAAUGGGCUGUAUAAUUUGGGAAAGAUAUGUCUGGAUUUUCUCGGGGCUGAUGACAAUUUUCUUGGUGCCAAUGUGCCGUGGAACAACCGACCCUCGCGAUGUUUUUGCAAUAAAUAGUUUAUAUGCUGCUUUGGGCUUCCCGAUUCUUCCUGGGUGGAUGCCAUUUGGAGGAGACCCGUGUGCAGAUGGUUGGCAAGGUGUAGAGUGCGUCAAUGCCAACAUAACUGGAAUAGUUCUCACUGGCGCGAAUUUGGGCGGUGAACUGGGAAAUGACUUAGGAAAUUUUUCUUCUAUCAUUCAAAUAGAUUUGAGCAACAACCACAUUGGAGGCAGUAUUCCAUCCAAUUUGCCCAUUACCAUCAGGACCUUUUUUCUUUCGGGUAACCAGUUCACUGGAAGCAUCCCGGAAAAUUUGUCAGCAUUAGGUCAAUUGUCGGACUUGUCGUUUAAUGAUAACCAUUUAACCGGAGAAAUACCAGAUGCCUUUCAACAGCUUAUGGGUUUGAUAAACUUGGAUCUGUCAGGUAACAAUUUGAGUGGUCAACUGCCUCCUUCUAUGGGGAACUUGUCAUCUCUUACUACACUGCAUUUGCAGAACAAUCAACUCGUUGGGGUCCUUGAUGCUCUACAAGAUCUUCCCCUGACUGAUCUGAACAUUGAAAAUAACUUGUUCUCUGGACCUAUACCUGACAAGUUGCUGAAUAUCCCCAAUUUCAGGUGAAGACUUAGAAUUCAUCCUUUUA